UGUGUGUAUUUAUCAUUAAGUCUGAUAAGGAGUUGUAGAAAGUCUAUUAGAAAGGUUGGCAUUAUUGAGGUAUUAUUUGAUUAUAACCUGGUUAGAACAUUAUUUACAUUUGGUCAAAUAAGCUUUUGCAAAGAUCGCAUAAAAAUGACACGGGUAGCUGUGGUAACUGGAGGAAAUAAAGGCAUUGGUUUUGCCAUUGUAAAAGCGCUUUGUAAACGAUUUGAUGGAGAUGUAUAUUUAACUGCACGUAAUAUUACUCUUGGGCAAAAUGCUGUUAAAGAAUUAGAGGGGCAGGGUUUAACACCAAAGUUCCAUCAACUUGAUGUUACAGAUGAAAAUAGUAUUUCUGUUUUACGUGAUUAUUUACAGAAAACAUACGGAGGACUUGAUGUUUUGGUCAACAAUGCUGCAAUUGCAUUUAAAACGAAGGCUACAGAACCCUUUUCUCUGCAAGCUGAAGAAACAAUAAGAGUAAAUUAUUUUGGCUUAAGAAAAGUUUGUAGCAUACUUUAUCCACUGUUGAAACCACACGCACGUGUAGUGCAUUUAUCGAGUUCUGCUGGCCGUUUAUCAUUAAUUCCUGAUGAAUCAUUGCGUAAACGAUUUUCUGAUCCAACUCUUACUGAAGAGGAAUUAGAUAACAUCAUGCGUGAAUUUGUUAAUGCUGCUAAAGCAAAUACACAUUUGGAAAAUGGUUGGGCAAAUUCUGCAUAUGUAGCAAGCAAAGUGGGAGUGUCUGCUUUAGCUAGAGUUCAUCAAAGGAUGUUUGAUUCAGAUUCUAGAGAAGAUCUUGUAGUAAAUUCUGUACAUCCUGGUUAUGUAGACACUGACAUGACUAGCCACAAGGGAACUUUAGCACCUGAUCAAGGUGCUGAAGCUCCCGUAUUCUGUGCAUUACUGCCAGAAAAUACAGAUAUAAAAGGUAAAUAUAUUUGGUAUGACAAAUCAUUGGUAGAUUGGACAAAAGAUGCAUAAAUUCAAAAUAAUUUGAUUUGGCAUUAUAUACGUUUAUAUACUUGUUAUCUGUAUCAAAACAUUAAUAAAUAUUCUAUCACAUUAUUUUAUAUUUCUAAAUGUUUCUGCAUUUUAGUCACAUCUAUAUGAUUUAACAUUCCUGUUCUUCAUACAGCAUAGCAUUCGCAAUGAAAAAUCAAGUUUCUUAAUACUACAUAUAAAUUCACAUAAAAUUAUAACUUGUACGCUUAUGUAUUAUUGUUGACUUCAGUAAUAUAAAAUAAAUGAUUUUUAAUUCUA